AUGGCGACGCUCCCGACACUUCCCUCUUCUUCUUCUGGUGGUCCUCCUGCGCUUUGCUCUUUGCUGCCUCUUCUUCGGAGCGCCUCGCCGCGCGAGAAAUUUCAAGGCCUCCUCCGCUGUUCCUCCCUGUUCACGAGUCUCUCGACUUCGUCGGCUCUUCCGCCCAGCGGUGCCGUGUGUGGGCAAGAAGGCCUUUCCGUCGGCGCGUGUCCUCUGAAUUCCCAGGCCAUUGCCGUUGUGCUGAGAGCGGUUCGGCCUUCGUUUCUCCGGCAGGUUCUCCUCGCUUCUCCGGUGUACAGCCAGUACGCCCUGAGCCUCCUCCACGCCUUCACGCAAGUCGACGCGCGCCUGACCGCUCGUCUGCUGCGUCCCUGCUUCGCGACGCUUUGCUUCCUUCUGCUGCGCGAGGGACAAUGGUCCACGGAACCGGAGGCAGGUGCGCGCCUGGGCCGAGGUGUAUGUCCACCUGACGAUGCGCAGGCGAAGCGCGAGGACGCAGACGUCGCAGGAGGCUCCGGGGGGAACCAGGAGGGAGGAGGAGCCGAGAGGGAGGCCCAGAGGCGCGAGCGGAAAGAGGAAGAAGAUGACGCAAAUGAAGACGCUGCACUCCUUUCAGAAGCCUUCGCGGUGACCGAGCGAUUUGCGCUGGUCCUCGGAAGGCGCGCCUUCAUGCGCGCUCUGAGAGAAGCGGCGGAAAGGCUGUGGCGUGGGGAAGACGACGAGCGGGAGGAAGAGGACUUCCAUCAACAAUUCGAGGCAGCGCUAGACGAAAUGGAUGCAGAACUCGACAAACUCAAGAGCGAGAAUGCGAGCGUGGAGGCGCUGAACGGGGAAGGCCCGGCUUCCACGGAAGAAGAGAGGAAUCGCAGAAGCGAGAACCUCCGUGCAGAGGAAGAGGAAGAUGCAGACGAACUGGAGGAAGACGGGAUGCAGCUGAACCGUGACUGGGAAGCGAGGGAAUUUGGAGAUGUGUCCGCCUCCUGGAGCAGCGACGAAGAGGAAGGCGACAGCGAAGAUGAGGACCAAGAGGCCAUCCAAAGUCUCUUUCUCCGAGCUGUCUCCAAGGCGACCGCCAACGACGAGGAAGGCUUGCGCCUCGCUUCUGCGGAGCGGAGCAAGCGGGCGGGGGACAGCCGAGGCCCAGAGAGGGAACAGGCGUCGAAAAAGGCGCCUGUCUCGCUUGCAGAUAGGACAGGGGAGAAGAAUGAACACGCCGAGCUUACCAGCGAAGCCGCCUUCAGCUUAACGGACGUCUUGCUGCCGUCGCUAGAAAAAGCGCCGCGGCAGACCUACCUCGCGCUGCUGCUGAAACUCGCCACGACGCAGACCAACGCCCUGACCCUCCUGUCGCUGGGACACCUCAGUCGGUGGCUGGAGGCCGCCGAGCAGGCGGCCGCGGAAGCGAGCGCUGGAAAACUGUCUUCUUCGUCUCUCGCCUCCACAAAGGGCGAGAGACGAGCACCGCGACAGGGCGAAGCAAGGCAGCAGCGCUGCGGCGCCGUCGCUUGCCUGCAGGAGUUCCAGAAGGAAAACGCGGAGCUUCUCGCAGAGAAAGUCGGAGAAAUCCUCUCAGGGAAACUCCCUUGGAAGGCGCGCGCCGACGCCUUCGACGUGGCGCGCGACUUCCUCCGGCUCUUUGGGCUCUCCUGGGCAGUUCCGAAAAAGAGCCGACAGCUCCUUCGGAUCGCGACACGCCUGAGUGCCGUCGAGAUUCGCCUCUAUUUCGACGACGUGCUCAACGCCCUUGACGAAGAAAAAAAACAGACACGCUCGUCUUCUUCCUCUUCCUCCUCUUCCUCCUCUUCUUCCUCUUCCUCCUCUUCCUCCUCUUCUUCCUCUUCUUCCUCUUCUUCCUCUCCGUCCUCUUCUCCUGCCUCUGCUUCUUCCUCUCCUUCCUCUUCUUCCUCUUCUUCUUCCUCUUCCCCUGCCUCUGCUUCUCCCGCUUCGUCGUCGUGGUUCUUGAGUCAGAACGGGAGAGAGGACCGUGCGCGACUGGUCACAGCUGCGUGUGCCUUCAUGGAUGUAGCUGUCAAAGUCUUCUCGCAAGAAGCGGAUUUCCUUGAAGAACACAUGCCGCACGACGUGCACGGCCUGGUUGAAUCUGUCCACGAAGCGAUGGAGGCGGUCUUCGAUUUUGUGGAAGAACUCCAGAGACAGCCAGUCCUCGCAAACCGCAUGCAGGCCGAGUUGGCGGCGUCCGCGCGACUCUGCGGCGCCUGGCUGGCCGGCGAACCCAACAAGUUCGGAGACACCAUUCACACGCUGGUCGCGUCCCUCCUCGCGUCAGCGGCUCUGGACCCUCUCGUGCCUCCUCCUGAAACGACGCAAGAAAGCGCAAAAACGAUGCGAGCUCUCGCAGCUUGGCACGCGUCUCUCCUGCCUGCCAUCGAAACCGAGAUACCUCUUCCGGUCGCGGGUCUUUCGCCUGACCAGCUGCAUGCGCCGAGCGCGUCGUUCAACAUUUCCUCCGCGCUCACUCCGCAAGUUUUUGCCUCCCUGUCGCCUCGAGACGCUAUUCUGUGCAAGUCGACCGGCGGCCUCUCGUUGUUUGUUUUGACUGGCAUCUUGGCGUAUCUGACCUUCUCUGUCGGCGUGCUACCGGUCCAGGAGGGUGCGAAUCCCCCCGCGGGCGACGAAGGCCGGGCUGACGGCGAGACGGAACGGGCGAAGCGCACAGGCGACACAUCCUCCCCUUCUGCCUCGGCUGCUGCGCCUUCUUCGCAGUCUCUUGCUGCGGACGCUCCGCGCUGUUCAUUUCCUUCCGCGGCGUUCGUGCAACGCUGGUGGCCUCAGAUGCGCGCGGCGCUCGCUCUCGGUACACCCGAGCAGGUGUCUCGACAGCUGGAGGGCAGAUUCGUCCCCUUUGCUCAGUGGCCAGGCGACGACGAGAGUCCGUUGAAAACCUUCUACCUGUGGAAAUGCGACGUGGUCAGCACUGCAGCCGCCCUCGUCGGUCUCCGAUGCACGCAACGCGCCGUUCUGGAGAUCCUCCAGCCGCGAGAAAUCCUCCACUUAUGGGGAGCUUUGGUCUGUCAGUGCAUCGUCCUCACCCCGUCAAGCUCCGCGGAGAUGGCGCACGUGGCGCGCCCAGCCGUGGCUCUCUGGUACCGCUCUCUCCGGGUUUUGGCUGCAUGCGGCCCGCAUCACCCUUUCCUUCUCUGGACGCUUCACCGGCAACUCACCGCGUACCAGCACGUGACGAACCGCCCUGCGAAAGAUCUAGUGGCUCCUCCGCCGCCAGUGGCGAGCAUGCACACUGACGAAGAGUGGAGUGACUACUCUGAGGCCGACGCGGAACUGGUGAUGCAUCUGCGCAUGUAUUUGCGCUCUCCCUCGACGUUCGGCUAG